AUGCUGGACGUCGGCAAUGGCACGGGUGUCUGGUACAUCGACUUUGGCGACGAUCACCCCAGCGCGGACGUCCUCGGCUCCGACUCCGACCUGUCGGCCACGCAGCCCGAGUUGUACCCCAAUGUCCACUUCGAAGUAGACGAUCUCGACAACGAAUGGAUCCACUCGAAGCGCUUCGAUUAUAUCCACAUCCGCGGAAUGUCGGGGAGAGUGCGCAACUGGCCCGGACUUCUCCGGAAAUGCUACAAGUAA